CCGAAGGCCUAAAUUACUAAAACUUACAUAUGGCAUUCUCGCAACACCGCCUAUCCUACACUCACCGCUGCUUAAAAUGCGCACCCUGAGAGGCCCCUGCCUCUCCUACCCCUCCUUCCAAUCUCAUCUAAUUCCCUUCAGACGCACCUUCCUUCUCUCUCCUUGUUCUUCUCAUUUCUUCUUAAAUUUCAAACCAAAGCGUUUUCAUGUCCUCAAGCCAUGUUCAUCUCUCAAAGAAACCAAGAAACAGACCCUUCAGAAGCCCACUGGUAUCCCGCAGAGCCUUAGAAGGUUUGGUAAUCCUAAGAAGGACGGAAAUGACUCUGAUGAAGGCCUUGACAAGCGUUAUGGAGAGGGAAAUUUCGGUUUUGAAGGAGAAACUGCAGCUAAAGGUACCCUUUUGGCUGGUCUUCUGCUUAUCGGUGUUGUUGGCGGGUUCGGGAUAGUUGGGUAUAUCUACAAAGACCAGCUCAAUGCAUUCCUGUCGCAGCUUACAGGUUUCAUUGAAGGUUAUGGCACAGCUGGGUAUGCCUUAUUUAUUGCUGUUUAUGCUGGAUUAGAGAUCCUUGCAAUUCCAGCCAUCCCCUUAACCAUGUCAGCUGGUCUUAUAUUUGGGACUGUAACUGGAACUAUCAUCGUCUCUAUCAGUGGAACGGUGGCAGCAACUGUUGCCUUUCUCAUUGCUAGAUAUUUUGCUCGUGAACGUAUACUUAAAAUGGUUGAAGGAAAUAAAAAAUUUCUAGCCAUUGACAAAGCAAUUGGAGAAAAUGGUUUUCGAGUUGUUACACUUCUCCGUUUGAGCCCUUUGCUACCUUUUUCUCUAGGGAAUUAUCUGUAUGGAUUGACAUCUGUGAAGCUUGUUCCUUACGUACUGGGCAGUUGGUUGGGAAUGCUUCCAGGAACAUGGGCUUAUGUCAGCGGAGCAUUUGGCCGAGCAAUCAUUCAAGAGGAAUCUGAUGUUGGACUACCUGGAGGUAACAGUCAGUUAAUGACACUUGGACUGGGGCUCUUGGUGACAGCAGUGGCUGCAGCUUAUAUGACUCAGCUUGCCAAAGAUGCUGUAAAAGAUAUUGAGUAGGAACUAGUUCUCACAACUUCUAUAAAAAAAAAAAAACAAAAAAACAAAAAAACAAAAAAACAAAAAAAUUCUCAUAGCACAACAUGUAAUGUUCAUGCAACAUGUAAUGUUCAUGCGGUGAUAUUCUAUCUUUCCAAAAGUACUACUACCCUGUAUGUAGUCUAUGUCUAGGGAGACAGGUGCGGUAGAGAGGUCCCCCACUCAGAUUCCUGUCCCGUUAGCAUCUUCAAUCUGAGAUAAGGGAUUACUCCAUUAGGUCUUUUCAGUCCGGUAAUGAUACCUGAUUAUGUAUUCCUACGUAUAAUUUAAAUGUAAAUUUGACAGGCACAUUUGUUCCAUGUAAUUAAUUAAUUGAAGUUUAUAAAGUAUUCGAUUUUGUAGUGUA